AUGACGAGGUCCGAGGGCUGGCAGCCGCCGCUGCCUCAGUGGAGCAACGCACAGAUCUCGGAGCACUACAGCACCUGCAUCAAACUCUCCGCUGAGAAUAAAAUCACCACCAAAAACGCCUUUGGGCUUCACCUCAUCGAUUACAUGACCGACAUCCUCAAGCAGAAGAACUCAGAGCUCACCAACUUCCAGGUCAGAGGGGUCCCUGUGGAUCCCAUGUUCCAGAGAUCCGCUGUUUCCUUUGACGAGUGCAGCACAGCCGGGAUUUUCCUGCCGGGGCUGCGCUCCCGGACAUUCCGGAGCCGCCUCCUUUUCCCGUCGGAGCUGAUCCCGCUGCCGUCCUCGGAUAUUCCGGAGCUUCCCAGCUCCCGGCCCCUCGCUGUUCCCGCGCUCAGAGCCCUGCUGGCCCCGGGCCUGGAAAAACGCCGGAUCUGCUCCUCCCUGGCCGGAUUCCAGUUCAGCAACUGGGACCAGGAGUCCCACAACGAGUCGGUGUCGGCGCUCCUGGAGAAGUUCCGGAGGAGCGAGCAGGUGUUCGAUCCCAACCUGGAUCCCGACAGCGAGGACGGGGAGGGCUGGGGGGGCCCCUCCCCCCCGGAAUUCCAGCCGGAUUCUCCUGGCGGAGACGCCAGCCAGGAUUCCCGGGAUAACGGAGAUUCCCUCGGGACACUCAGCCACGGCAAGAGGACCGCGGGGGCUCUCUCCGGAGCGGGGCCGCUGGAGCUCUCGGUGUCGCUGGCGCUGAAUCCCGGGGAAUAUUCCUACUUCAGCCCCCGCACGCUCUCCAUGUGGGCCGGACCCCAGCACUGGAGAUUCCGGCCCCGCCACCACCCAGCCGCAGACUCGGAGAAGGAUUCCCGGCGCAGAAUUCCCAGGAAACUUUUCCAGUUGGAUUUCCAGGAGGAUGUCGACUUCCAGCCCCAUUUCCAGAAGCCCAAGGUACCCCCAGGGCUCCUUUCCCGCGGGGAAUUCCCGGGAUUCCGGCAGAUCCCGCUGUCCUGCCGGAGCUGGGAUCACCUCAGCCCUUCCCAGACUGUCCCCGAUUCCCGCGGGAAGCUGCUGCAGAUUCCUGUUUCCUCUGGAUCCAUUCCCAGGGAUCCAUCCUGUGGAUCCAUUCCUGUGGAUCCAUUCCCAGGGAUCCAUUCCUGUGGAUCCAUCCCUGUGGAUCCAUCCUGUGGAUCCAUUCCUCUGGAUCCAUUCCUGUGGAUCCAUUCCUGUGGAUCCCUUCCUGUGGAUCCCUUCCUGUGGAUCCAUUCCCAGGGAUCCCAUCCUGUGGAUCCAUCCCAUGGAUCUGUUCCCAUGGAUCCCAUUCCCAUGGAUCCAUUCCUGUGGAUCCAUCCCCAAUUCCAUGGAUUAUCCGGGCAGGAAUUCCCGCUCUCCGGAGCAGCUCCGGGUGACUCCGGUGUCCCCCUGUCCCUCCUGCAGGUCCCGGACAGCGACGACGACCCCGAUCCCGACCCCGAUCCCGAGGAAUUCCCGGGCCAGGCCGGGCACUUCCAGCUCCCGGCUCAUCCUGAGGCUCCGGAGAAUUCCGGGAUCGGCGGCGGGAACAUCCCGGGAUGUGGGGAGCUGGAGCUGAUCGCUGAGCCCCAGAAGAUCCAUAAAAUCCCGAUCCAAUACGCCAAGGCCGCCAAGAGGAUGGACAUGAGGAGGCUGAAGAGGAACAUGUGGGAGCUGCUGACGGAGCAGGUGGGAAUGUCGGGAAUUCCCGACGGGAAUUCUGCAGCCGUUCCCUCCCAGUUCUGUGGGAUCAGCCCCAAAUUCCAUGGAAAAACCCCAAUUCCAUGGAUCAGCCCCAAAUUCCAUGGGAAUGAAUCCCAAUUCCAUGGGAUAAACCACAAUUCCAUGGGAAUGAACCCCAAUUCCAUGGGAAUAAACCCCAAUUCCAUGGGAAUAAACCCCAAUUCCAUGGAAAAACCCCAACAUGGAUCCCAUCCCAUGGAUCCCAGGGAUCCCACAGAUCCCAGGGAUCCCAUCCCAUGGAUCCCAUCCCAUGAAUCUCAGGGAUCCCACCCCAUGGAUCCGAUCCCAUCCCACAGAUCCCACAGAUCCCACGGAUCCCACAGAUCCCAGGGAUCCCAGCCCUUCCCGUUUUUCCGCAGGCUCCCUCCCACCAUGGCCACCAACCUGUCGGUGCCCUUGGCCUUCGUGUGCCUCCUGCACCUGGCCAACGAGAAGGGCCUGAGGCUGGAGAGCACCGAGGAGCUCUCGGAUGUUCGGGUGUGCCCGGGGCCCUGAGCCGGGAAUUCCGGGAAUUCUGGGAAUUCUGGGAAUUCCAUGAUCCGAAAUCCGGGAAUGCAGCGGCGUCCUGGAUCCUCAUCCGGCCGGGAUUGGGAAUUCCUGCGUCUCACUGAGCCUGCUCUGUCCCGGGAAUUCCGGCUUAUCCCAAAUUUCCUGUUUGUUCAUCCCAAAUUUCCUGUUUGUUUAUCCCAAAUUUCCCAUUUAUCCCAAAUUUCCUGUUUGUUUAUCCCAAAUUUUGUGUGUCCCAAAAUUUCCCAUUUAUCCCAAAUUCCCUUUUUAUCCCAAAUUUCCCUUUUUAUCCCAAAUUUCCCCUUUAUCCCAAAUUUCCCGUUUUAUCCCAAAUUUUCCUGUUUUAUCCCGAAUUUCCCUCCCCGCCUCCCUCCCACUCCGUAAUUCCCAGUUUUUGGCCCGGCUCUCGCUCCUUUCCCCCUUUUCCUUCCAUUCCCUGGAAUUUUUCUGGUUUUUUAUCCUUUAAUAAAUCCUGGAAUGAGCCUGGA